AUGCGUCCACUCACGGAUGAGGAGAUGACAACGGUGUUUGAAAAGAUUAGCAAGUAUAUUGGUCGAAAUGUUCAGCAUUUAGUAACAAGACCAGAUGAGAAAUAUUGCUUUCGAUUGCAUGGCAAUAUUGUGUACUAUUGCAGCGAAAAGCUCAUGCGCCAGUCCACGAACGUCGGUACGGACGAGCUUCUUAGUAUUGGCACUGCUGUUGGUAAACUUACUAAAUCCAAGAAGUUUCAUCUACGUAUCACGUUUCUUGACUAUCUUGCUCAGUACGCUAAAUAUAAGGUCUGGAUUAAACCCAAUUCUGAAAUGUCCUUCUUGUAUGGCAAUAAUGUCGUCAAGUCUGGUCUUGGUCGCAUCACAGAGGGAACACCGCAGUAUGCUGGUGUUGUCGUCUACAGCAUGAAUGACAUUCCACUGGGCUUUGGUGUUGCCGCACAGGCAACAGAGUUGUGCAAAGAUCUAGAGCCCACGGCCUAUGUGGUGCUGCACCAAGCCGACAUUGGCGAGUAUCUUCGCGUUGAAGACGAAAUGUUUUAA